ACUACUACUACUACUACUACUACUACUACUACUACUACUACUACUACUACUACUACUACUACUACUACUACUACUACUACUACUACUACUACUACUACUACUACUACUACUACUAUGAGGGCAGACUUCAAUAGCCUGGUGGACGCAGAUGAAGUGACCUUUAAAGUGACAUCCGACCUUAAUGACCUUCUGGGGGGGGAGGCUCGGCACCUGGGGCGGGUGGUGGCGCUGGUGGAGAAGCUCAUCACCCAGAGACAACACCUUCAGCAGCGGCUGCAGUUCGCGACCACAGAGGCUCCUGAUAAAAUAACAAGAGCCAUUAACAGUGCAGAGAGAGCCCUGGGAGAGGGGGAGAGGCUGCUGGGAGAGUGCCAAGCUGUACAGGAGAAGGUUGACUCUCACAGCAACAAGUAUGGAGGUCUUCUGGGAGAGGUUGGACCUGGAGUGAGAGUGGUGGGAGAGCUUGGGAGAGUGGAGAGGUACCAGCUGUUCCUGGAUAUGGUGGAGGAGUGGAGCCAAGACAUCAGUGCCGCCCUACGCAUAGGAGCAGAGGGCCAGGCACUUGUAGGGCACUCAAAACUUGUAGCGAGCGCCAGAAAUAUCGUCAGCUCGGAGUGUUUACAUCUUCAACAAUUUCUACUAUCAACGCUUCUUCACUGGAAUAAAGCGCUUGUACAGAGGUUUACUGGGGAGUUUGAGGCCAUUUUGAAGUCCCUUAAAUGGCCCUUGGUGGGGGGCACAGGGGGGACUGGAGGGGGGCAGCUCCCCGCCUCCCCCGACACCCUCCAGCGCCUGUGCACCCUCACCCAGUACCUCCUCCAGCUGGCACUCCCUGGCAGCCCCCCCCAGCCCCUCCCACCCCUUCUGGUGACCUUUGACCCCCUACUACUGCCUAUACAACUGCUGGUCAACCCCCUACAGGUCCGUUUUCUGUACCACUUCAGCGGAAACAGAAGUACUAACAAUAAGAACAACCCAGAAUGGUAUUUUAUUCAGCUGUUGAAGUGGAUAGUGGACCAUGAAAGCUUCCUGGUCCAUCGUAUCCAGCCCGUCCUGGACCGCUGUGGCCGGGGGGAGGUCCUGGCCAAGGUGGAGUUUAUGAGAGGUUUGGUGCGUUUGGCGGCCAUCAAAGUGACCUCUGACCUCGCACAGCUGCAGGAUGACGAUGACCUCUUCUGUGCCACCAUACAAGAGGUUCUGCACUUCCACCGUGAGCUGUGUGACGUGCAUGGCUACCCACACACUCAACCUGCCAUAUUGAGUGUGUUGACUGAGCCCAGAGUGUUCCCCCGCUGGCUGGCCCUGGAGAGAAAAUUCGCCCUGGAGCUAAUGGACGAGCUGGUGUCUUCCGAAGGGGCUUGGGAGGAGGAGGAAGAAGGAGGAGGAGGAGGAGGAGGAGGAGGAGGAGCAGGAGGAGGAGGAGGAGGAGGAGCCAGGUGUGGAGAGAAGGUGAUUCUAUUGCUACAGGGAAUUACAGACAGAUACAAGCAAUUACCACAGCCAGGACACAGAAUACAGUUCCUGGAAUUACAACUGGAUCUCCUGGACGACUUUAGAGUGCGUCUCCUGCAGGUGAUGAAGGGAGAGCGGCAGGACCCUCUCACCUCUCACUACCCAGCCAUCCUCAACACCACUCACCACCUCUCCUCCACUCUCUCUGACUGGGCUGACCUUCCAUUCUACAUAGAAAUGCAAUAUUACCAAGAGGCAUUUAGGAAAGCCAUUGCCGGGACCACCACCACCACCACCACCACCACCACCACCGCCACCACCCCCGCCAAGGACACCCCCAAGGAUGACUACCCCUCCCUCAUCUCACCUCCACCCCCCCCUCCUCCCUCCUCCUCCAUCCCUCCCACCCCAGAGCACCUGAAAUAUGAGGCGACCCCCCCCAGCAGGUCACAGCUAGCCGAGGUCACGGGGUCAGUGUUUGACCUGACCAUCUCUCUUUACAAGCACAUAGAGGUGGAAAUGGUCAAAACACUCUCCCAAUUUGUGUUUUCUGAAGUGAGAGCGAGAAGUUUGCCUUACCGGAGGGAUGGCUGGCACAAGGCUGGGAGAGUGGAUGGGAGAGGGAAGGUCAAGGUCAGUGAGAGUGUGGGAGAGGGAGUGUGUGAGAGUGAGGGAGAGUGUGUGAGAGUGAGUGAGAGUGAGGUGGAAAUGGUCAAAACGCUCUCCCAAUUUGUGUUUUCUGAAGUGAGAGCGAGAAGUUUGCCUUACCGGAGGGAUGGCUGGCACAAGGCUGGGAGAGUGGAUGGGAGAGGGAAGGUCAAGGUGGUGGAAUUGAGCCCCAGUGUGUGCCCCCUGGUGGAGGUGGUGGCCAGGCACCUCCACACCCUCCGGGACGCCCUCCACCCCCCCCUCUUCCACUCUCUCUGGGGGCAGGUGGCCUACACGCUGGACAAGUACAUUUACGAGGAAUUGGUCCUGGAGACAAGAUUUAGCGAGGCUGGAGCUUUGCAGUUUAAGUUCGACAUGGCCAAUGCUCUCUUUCCGAUCUUUGGCGCGUUCACACAGAGGCCAGAGAACUAUUUCAGGCUCGUGAAGGAGUCAACCAUCUUACUGACACUCCCUCGAGCUACAGUCCUGCUCUUACAAGAUACCCUGGGGGCCUCCGAUUCCCCCAUCCCCCCCCAGAGGGCCUUGGGAGAGCUGGGAGUGUCUCUACUCUCACCGACAGAUGCUGCUGCUGUUUUGAAUGCCAGAAUAUAUGAGUGAGAGUGCUGGGAGAGUGUGGGAGAGUGAGAGUUGGAAAUUUUGUGAGUUUUUGAUGUUUUUGUGUGUGUGAGAGUGAGAGGAGAGUGUGGGAGAGUUUGGAAAUUUUGUGAGUUUUUGAUGUUUUUG